GACUGCCGAUAGUUGGAAAAGAUAUGGUCCUAAACAAAUGAAUUUAAUAUUACGAAUUCACUGUGAUCAAUUGCUUAUCGCUUCAAAUACUGAAAUUGUAGAAACAAUAAGCAUGAGUAAUAAAAUUAAAGGAGUUUAUAAAGAAAACGCCUUGAUUUUGUUCAUUAGUCGAGCCCCUGAAGAAUUACGUAAAAUAAAGUUUCAAGUAAAAAGUAAUCCAAGCAAAUGUUACGAAGAACUAAAUAAAUAUUUUCCAGUUAUUAAUCACAGUUCUAAACAGCCUAACGAUGUUAUUACGCCUCGGUAUUUGAAUAUCGAAGAUGUGAUUUCGCACGUUUUGAAGACUAAAGAGCCUACAAAUGUUAUCUCACAUUUGCCGCCGUCGUUUAAAAAUUUCGUUCGAAUUUGCUUUCUAGAUCCAACAUUUCCAAAAUUAGUUCAAGAUGUACAGAGCAUUAUCUGUAAUGAAAGUAAAACUGUUUAA